CGGGCCGAGCAGCCACCGCGGCCGGAGCUGUCCCCUAGCCAGACCCGGCGAGACUCGAGCGGCGGGAGGGAGGCGGUGGCGCGCUCGGCCCCGCCCGCCCGAGCGUCGGACGCGGCCCGGCGCCGAGCCAUGGAGCCUGAGCCAGUGGAGGACUGUGUGCAGAGCACACUCGCUGCCUUAUACCCGCCCUUUGAAGCCACAGCCCCCACCCUGUUGGGCCAGGUGUUCCAGGUGGUGGAGAGGACUUAUCGGGAGGAUGCGCUGAGGUACACGCUGGACUUCCUGGUACCAGCCAAGCACCUGCUUGCCAAGGUCCAGCAGGAAGCCUGUGCCCAGUACAGUGGAUUCCUGUUCUUCCACGAGGGCUGGCCCCUCUGUCUGCACGAGCAGGUGGUGGUGCAGCUAGCAGCCCUGCCCUGGCAGCUGCUGCGCCCAGGAGACUUCUACCUACAGGUGGUGCCCUCAGCAGCCCAGUCACCUCGCCUGGCACUCAAAUGUCUGGCCCCAGGGGGUGGGCGGGUGCAGGAGCUGCCUGUGCCCAGUGAGGCCUGUGCCUACCUAUUCACACCUGAGUGGCUACAAGGCAUCAACAAGGACCGGCCAACAGGUCGUCUCAGCACCUGCCUACUGUCUGCACCCUCUGGGAUUCAGCGGCUGCCCUGGGCUGAGCUCAUCUGCCCACGAUUUGUGCAGAAAGGGGGCCUCAUGGUUGGACAUCGGCCAGGCACACUGCCCCCAGGACUGCCAUCUGGACCCCCAGGGCUUCCCAGCCCUCCACUCUCUGAGGAGGUGCUAGGCACCCGGAGUCCUGGGGAUGGGCACAAUGCUCCUGCAGAAGGACCAGAGGGUGAGUACGUGGAGCUACUGGAGGUGACACUGCCUGCAAGGGGGAGCCCUACAGAUGCUGAGGGCUCUUCAGGUCCCUCCAGGACCAGGACAGUACCUACCCGCAAGAGUGCUGGAGGCAAGGGUCGGCACCGGAGACAUCGGGCGUGGAUGCACCAGAAGGGCCUGGGACCUCGGGACCAGGAUGGGGCACGCCCGCCUGGCGAGGGGAGCAGCACUGGGUCUCCCCCAGGAGCUCAGGCUGUCCCGGAGGCAGCAGUACUGGAAGGGUCCGAGCCUCCAGCAGAGGCCCUGGGGGAAGCCUCUGAAUCUUGCCCCCUUCAGCCAGGGGAGGCUGGGGGAGGAGCAGGCCAGGUGGCUGAAGGACCACCUGGUACUCCUCGGAGAACAGGCAAAGGAAACAGGAGAAAGAAACGAGCUGCAGGCAGAGGGGCUCUUAUCCGAGGAGGAGACAGUGCCCCAUUCAGCCCUGAGGACAAGGAAGAGACUAGACACCAGGAAGCCCUUGUCAAUCUGCCCUCACCAAAUAAACAUGAGCUUCCAGAAGGCAGCCUGGUUAAGGAGAAUGAAAGCUCUGAAAAGCCAGAAUCUGAGCCAAAACAGGAGCUCAUACUAUCUGAAGAAAAAGAGCCUGGAUCCCUAGAAGCCUGUGGGCCUUCAGAAGAGGGGGCCAGAGAGAGAGAACCCCAAGAGGGUUCACGCCUGGCGUGUACAGCAGGAUCUGCAGGCCCAGAGGCACUCCUGUCUGACCCCCCAACACAGCCCCUGGAGACAGUGCAGGAAGUAAAAGGAGACAGCACCCCAGAAGAGGCCCCUCCAGCCUCCACCUCUGACAGCCCUGAUGUAGCUUGGGACUUGAUGGCAUCUGGAUUCUUCGUUCUGACUGGAGGGGUGGACCAGAGUGGACGAGCUCUGCUGACCAUUACCCCACCAUGCACUCCCGAGGAGCCCCCACCCUCCCAAGACACUCUGAAUGCUGCACUUCACUACCUCCACGCACUUCUCAGGCCUGAUCUACAGUUACUGGGGCUGUCUGUCCUGCUCGACCUUCGCAAGGCGCCCCCACUGCCUCCAGCACUCAUGCCCGUCCUGAGUCAACUUCAGGAUUCAGGAGACCCUCCCCUCAUUCAGCGGCUGCUGAUUCUCGUCCAUGGUGCCCCUCGUACUGAACUCUGUGGAUUUCAGGGUGCUGAGCUUCUGUCAGAGAAUGAUCUGAAAAGAGUUGCCAAGCCAGAGGAGCUACAGUGGAACUUGGGAGGUCACAGGGACCCCUCUCCCAGCCAUUGGGUAGAGAUACAUCAGGAAGUGGCCAGGCUAUGCAGCCUGUGCCGAGGUGUGCUAGGCUCUGUACGGCAAGCCAUUGAGGAGCUUGAGGGAGCAGCAGAGCCAGAAGGAGAGGAGGUGGGGGGAAUGCCGGAGCCCCUUCAGAAGGUGCUGGCAGACCCUCGGCUGACAGCACUACAGAGGGAUGGAGGAGCCAUCCUGAUGAGGCUGCGCUCCACCCACAGCAGCAAGUUGGAGGGCCCAGGCCCAGCCAUGCUAUACCAGGAGGUGGAUGAGGCCAUCCACCAGCUCGUACGCCUCUCCAACCUACACGUGCAGCAGCAGGAGCAGCGGCAACGCCUGCACCAACUCCAGCAGGUGUUGCAGUGGCUCUCAGGCCCAGGGGAGGAGCAGCUGGCCAGCUUCACUGUGCUUGGGGAAUCCCUGUCUACACUGCAGGAGACAGAGCUGCGAUUCCGGGCUUUCAGCACUGAAGUUCAGGAGCGCCUGGCCCAGGCCCGGGAGGCCUUGGCUCUGGAGGAGGACACUGUUUCCCAGAAGGCCGUGGAUGUCUUUGAACAGCGCCUGGAGCAGGUUGAGAGUGGCCUCCAUCGGGCCCUGCGGCUGCAACGCUUCUUCCAGCAGGCACAUGAGUGGGUGGAUGAGGGCUUCGCUCGGCUAGCAGUAGCUGGGCUGGGUCGUGAGGCCGUGCUGGCAGCCCUAGCCCUACGGCGAGCCCCAGAGCCCAGUGCCGGCACCUUCCAAGAGAUGCGGGCCCUGGCCCUGGACCUGGGCAGUCCAGCAGCCCUGCGAGAAUGGGGUCACUGCCGGGCUCGCUGCCAAGAGCUGGAAAGGAGGAUCCAGCAACAGCUGGGAGAGGAAGCCAGUCCUCGGGGCCACCGGCGACAACGGACAGACAGUGCCAGCAGUGCAGGGACCCAGUGGGGCUCUCACAGCCCCUCACCCAGCCUCAGCUCCCUGCUGCUCCCCACCAGCCCUGGGCCAUGGGCAGCCCCAUCCCAUUGUUCCCUAGCCCCAUGUGGGGAGGAUUACGAGGAUGAGGGCCCUGAACUUGCUCCAGAAGCAAAUGGCAGGCCCCCAAGGACUGUGCUGAUCCGAGGCCUGGAAGUCACCAGUACCGAGGUGGUAGACAGGACAUGCUCACCACGGGAACAUGUGCUGCUGGGCCGGGCUGGGGGGCCAGAUGGCCCCUGGGGAAUAGGCACCCCCCAGAUGGAACGCAAACGAAGCAUCAGUGCCCAGCAGCGUCUGGUGUCUGAACUGAUUGCCUGUGAACAAGAGUAUGUGACCAUUCUGAGUGAGCCGGCACCGCCACCCGGGCCUGAGCUGACUCCUGAGCUUAGGGGCACCUGGGCCGCUGCCCUGAGUGCCCGGGAGAGGCUUCGCAGCUUCCAUCGGACACACUUUCUGCGGGAGCUUCAGGGCUGCGCCACCCACCCCCUGCGCAUCGGGGCCUGCUUCCUUCGCCAUGGGGACCAGUUCAACCUCUAUGCCCAGUUCGUGAAGCACCGACACAAACUGGAGAAUGGUCUAGCUGUGCUCAGUCCCCCGGCCAAGGGCUCCAUGGAAGGUGGACCCUGCCUGCCCCGGGCUCUGCAGCAGCCACUGGAGCAGCUGGCUCAUUAUGGGAGGUUCUUGGAGGAGCUCCUGCGGGAAGCUGGGCCUGAGCUGAGUUCUGAGCGCCAGGCCCUUGCAGCUGCUAUACAGUUGCUCCGGGAACAAGAGGCCCGUGGCAGAGAUCUGCUAGCUGUGGAGGCAGUGCGAGGCUGUGAGAUAGAUCUGAAGGAGCAGGGACAGCUCUUGCAUCGGGAUCCUUUCACUGUCAUCUGUGGCCGGAAGAAGUGCCUUCGCCAUGUCUUUCUCUUUGAGCAUCUGCUCCUGUUCAGCAAGCUCAAGGGCUCCGAGGGGGGUUCAGAGACCUUUGUUUACAAGCAGGCUUUUAAGACUGCUGACAUGGGGCUGACUGAAAACAUCGGGGACAGUGGGCUGUGUUUUGAGCUGUGGUUUCGGCGGCGGCGUGCACGAGAGGCAUACACUCUGCAGGCAACCUCCCCAGAGAUCAAACUGAAGUGGACGAGUUCUAUUGCCCAGCUGCUGUGGAGACAGGCAGCCCACAACAAGGAGCUCCGAGUACAGCAGAUGGUCUCCAUGGGCAUUGGGAACAAACCCUUCCUGGACAUCAAAGCUCUCGGGGAGCGGACACUGAGUGCCCUGCUCACUGGAAGAGCCGCCCGCACCCGGGCCUCGGUGGCCGUGUCAUCCUUUGAGCAUGCCGGCCCCUCCCUUCCCGGUCUUUCACCGGGAGCCUGCUCCCUGCCUGCCCGCGUCGAGGAGGAGGCCUGGGAUCUGGACGUCAAGCAAAUUUCCCUGGCUCUCCUUGAGUUUCUAUGGAAACUGCCUCAGCUUCCUGUUGUAUCCUCCUGGUUCACCACGGCAAUCCUUAUAGUUUCCUGUCGCUUCUUCCCUGGUUGCUCUAAUGAUGCUGCUGACAAUUUCCUGCCUCUUGCCCCAGAAACACUUGACUCUUCUGGAGAUGUAUCCCCAGGACCAAGACACAGCCCCAGCGUGCAACCCCCCCACCCUGGGAGCAGCACUCCCACUCUGGCCAGUGGAGGGACCUUAGGGUUAUCCUGGCAGAGUCAUGCCCGAGCCCUGAGUGACCCCACGACGCCUCUGUGACCUAGAGAAGAUCCAGAACUUGGCUGCUGCCUCUCCUCUCAGCAUAUUUUAGGCUGGGAUGCCAGUGGGACAUAAUGGAGGACUAGGAGAACUCUGAAUUCCUUCCCUCCACUUCCUGGACACAGGAGGGCUAAGGACCAGAGCAUCCCCCAGCUACUGCUAUCUCUAGCUCUCCCCUGCUUGGUGCCUUCUGCUGCAGGAACACAGUGGCCACACUUGCUUGCCUUCAUACCCUGGAGACAGGGAAAUAUGCCUCUUCCAGUCCUUACCCAUCCUGCACCACUGCACAGCCCCAGGACAUGGCUCUGCUGGCAGCCUGUUUCACCUUUCCCAUCCCCUGGCUCUCCCAGAGAAGACUCACCUUUGCCAGGUCAAGUGGAGUUCCUGGUGACCCCAUUGUGGGGUGUCAUGGAAAAUGGGAGUUAUGCAAACCGUAAAAGGAGAGUAGGGUGGGAACUGCAAACUUUAUUUAUGUAAUUACUAUUAUUAUACUAUUGUUAUAUUAAACGUAUUUACUCACACUUUGCCUCCUUGGAGCCACUGCUCUGGAUUACAGCGUCUCAAUUAACUUAAGCAAUUCCCCUCAACCAGUAACUAGAACACAGAAAGUAAGUCAAGGCUGGAAGGUAGCCAUCUACCUGUUACUGGCCUAAAGCUGACUGU